CCAACCAAACGCACAAAAAAAACCAAAAUAUAUUUUCAAAUAUAUUCCCAGUAUUCCAAUUAACAAUUUCCAAUUGCCGUUUCAAAUUUUCAAAUUUUCAAAACCCAAACACACACACACGCACACCCACACACUCUCGUGAAAGAGGACUUUAAUUUUUUUUCAACUUUUUUUGACAAGUGCAGCCGCGAAAAAGGGUGGGAGAAACAGAUCCCCGUGAGAUCAGGGGGAGAGACUUUGUGCGCGAUUCGCGCGCGAUUUGGCAGCAGAGCAACAGCAGCAGCAGCAGCAGCAGCAGUGCAGAAGCGGAUAAGGAUCAAGGCUUAAAGGAUACAGUUAAGGAGCAAGUGAAUCAGUGAACAAUUGAGAAAACUCUUUCCCUUGCCCACAUGCCCGCGCCGCAAUGUGCGUGGUUGCAGCAACCGCAACACUGACAAAGGCCGAAUGCAGCCGCAAGCUAAACAAUAAACAUUAAGGACACAACAAAUAUCCACAGAGAAUACAAGGAAAAAAAGCAAAACUAGUGAGAAACAAGAAAACUUCAGAGAUAGAAGUUAUAGCCCGCAGUUUUCGGGAGCCAAAAGUCGCCCCACCUUUUCCACAAAGGGGGCACAGUAACAGCCGCCAACAUACGCAAGAAGGUGACCUCGAAGAAGGCCAGCGUUGUGUCGGUUGACGACGAUCACAACAACAAUAACAACCACAACAACGACCACAACGCUCGGCAGGCAACACCAACACUAGCAGCAAUCCAUACAUCCAUAACCCCCAAUCGGACACCCACAUUGACACCGAUUGCCACGCCAACACCAACACCAACGCCGACACCAACACCAGCACCAGCACCAGCACCCACACCCAAAUCGGACACCACUGAACAACAGGAUUAUCAAGGCAAAAUGGACGACACACAGCAUUUCUGCCUGCGUUGGAACAAUUACCAGAGCAGCAUCACAUCGGCAUUUGAGAAUCUGCGGGACGAUGAGGCCUUUGUGGAUGUCACCCUCGCCUGUGAGGGGCGCAGCAUUAAGGCCCAUCGCGUUGUCCUCUCCGCCUGCAGUCCCUACUUCCGCGAACUGCUGAAGAGCACACCCUGCAAACAUCCGGUCAUACUGCUGCAGGAUGUCAACUUCAUGGAUCUGCACUCGCUGGUGGAGUUCAUAUACCAUGGCGAGGUGAAUGUGCAUCAGAAGUCGCUGCAGUCCUUCCUCAAGACAGCCGAGGUGUUGCGCGUGUCUGGACUCACCCAACAGCAGGCCGAGGAUACGCACAGCCACUUGGCUCAAAUACAGAAUCUGGCCAAUGCCGGAGUGCGUACACCGCUGAACUCGCAUGCCCAUCCACAUCCACAUCCACACCAUGGCCCGCUGCACGAUGAUGGUGGCGCCUCGACAUUGUUUAGCCGCCAGGGAGCUGGCUCCCCACCGCCGCCACCACAGUCGCUGCCCUCGCAUCUCAACAACCAGCUGCUGAAGCGCAUGGCCAUGAUGCAUCGCAGCAGUGCGGCCGCCGCUGCCGAGGAGACAUCGCAUGCACUCAAGCGUCUGCGCGGCUCCGCCGACAAUGGCCUGCCCCUGGGCAGUGGCAGCAACAACAACAGCCCCGAUUUGCCGCCCAUACAUGCGCGCAGCGCAUCGCCACAACAGACGCCGGCUGACUUUAGUACGAUUAAGCACCACAAUAACAACAACACACCGCCGCUAAAGGAAGAGAAACGCAACGGACCCACUGGCAACGGAAACAAUGGCGCCAGCAAUGGCAACGGCAAUGGCAUCUCAAUCAGCGAUAAACUGGGCAGCCUCACACCUUCACCGCUGGCCCGUGCCGGUGCCGGUGCCGAUGAUCAGGUCAAGUCGGAGCCGAUGGAGCUGGUGUGCUCCAAUAACAAUGCCAAUCCCAAUGAUGAGCACAGCAAUGACUCCACCGGCGAGCACGAUGCCAAUCGCUCCAGCAGCGGUGAUGGUGGCAAAGGGUCCUUAAGCUCUGGCAAUGAUGAGGAAAUCGGUGACAGUCUCGCCUCACAUCAUGCGGCACCGCAGUUCAUUAUGUCGCCGGCAGAGAACAAAAUGUUCCAGGCAGCCGCCUUCAACUUCCCCAUGAGCAAUCUCGAUCAUUCAGCGUUGCUUGGUCUCAACACACAAUUGCAGCAGUCCGGUGAUCUUGCCGUGUCCCCACAAGGUGGCAGCACCGGUGGUGGCAGCCUACUCGGCGGCGUCAUAGUGCCCGGCGGUAGUGGCAAUCCUUCUAGUAAUAGUAGUAGCAACAACCAACAACAACAACAACAACAAGUAGACCAACAACAAUCAUCACAACAACAACAACACCACCUCCUCCAACAACAACAUCAUUCCACACAACAUAAUCCACAACAACAACAGCAACAGCAACAACAGCACCUGCAACAACAACAGCAAUUGAAACAAGAGCAACAACAACAACAACAACAGCAACAACAACAACAACAGCGCAAUAGCAGCAGCGUUGGCAGCAGCAGCAAGCUACUCGCCCACGAAAGGGAAAGCCUCUCACGCUCCUCGCAUGGCGGCGUCACUGAUGGGCAUGUGGGCACACCCUCGCCAUCACCCCAGGCCUAUCACAAGCGGGAGAGAGAGCGCGAGCGGGAGAGGGAGCGCGAGCGGGAGAGGGAGCGGGAGCGAGAACGAUCGCUGGACCGUGAGCGGGACCUUGAGCCGCCGGGCACAGGAUCGGGACCAUCGUCACCGCCGCUGCCACCGCCGCAAUCGCAUCACUCACAUUUCGGACAGCAUCCGCUAUCGCUGCUGCCCAGCCACCAUCAGUUGCAUGCCACGCACCACGAGCUGACAGCCGCCGCCCACCAUGCCCAUGCCCAUGCGCAUGCUGCCCAUGCCCAUGCCCUGGCUAGGGCGGGAUCACCGCUCGAGCAUCAUCACUUGCUGCACCACCGACGCGCCUCGCUGUCUCCGUCGUCUGCCGCCGGCAGCAGCGGUGGCGGUCGCGGCUCGGCCGCCGGCGGGCCUGGGGGAAGUCUGCUGUCGUCCGUGAGGGCCAGCGAUGUGGCACAGGCCAAUCGGCUGCUGUUGCCCCUGCCGCUGAAUGCGUGCCACCGAUGCGAUGUCUGCGGCAAGCUGCUGAGCACCAAGCUCACACUGAAGCGGCACAAGGAGCAACAGCAUCUGCAGCCGCUGAACAACGCCGUCUGCAAUCUGUGCCACAAGGUCUUCCGCACCCUCAACUCGCUGAACAACCACAAGAGCAUCUACCACCGACGCCAGAAGAACCAUCACUCGUACUUCCAUCAUGGCGCAGGCGUGGGCGGUGUCGGUGUCGGCCAGGCCGGUAGCCCGGGCAGCCGUCUCCAUCAGUCCCUGAGCUCCCUGAGCGCUGCAGCGGCAGCGGCCAAUAACAGCGUGUCAGUGGGUGGCGGCGGUGGCGGUGGUGCUGGUGGCAAUGCGGUGGCAGCCGCCGCAGCUGCGGCCGCCGCUGCUGCCGAGCUUCUGCUUUCGCCCAUUGUGGGUGCAGCGGCUGUGGCCGGGGGCACGGCCAGCUCAACGCUUCAGCUGGCGGCGGCGCACCAGCAGCAGCAGCAACAGUCGUCGCCGGGCAUUGUCAAGCCGUGCAUUGACUUCUUAUAAGAUCAGCAUCAAUUAUUGCAGCAGCUGUUCCACGUUGCGCUCAACAACUCGGCAGCGGCUGCAGCGGCGGCGGCGGCAGCAGCAGCUGCUGCGGGACCACCGGGCACGGGUGCUUCCCCAGUCGGGGGCGGUGAGCCAUACGGAUCGGGAUCUGGCAGCACACCAACCGUUGACCUCACGCAGUUGGACCACUCGGGCGGAGCCGGCGGUGGUGGCGGUGGUGCGGGCGGCUUUUCUGCAGCGGCAAUGCAACUCCAUCAGCAGCAGCAGCAGCAGCAGCAGCAGCAACAGCUCAGCCACCAUCUGCCGCCCCAUUUGUCGGCCCACCAGCAGCAGCAUCACCAUCAGCAUCCGCAUUCGCAUCAGUUGUCCCACCAGCAUCCGCAUCAGUUGCCGCAUCCGCAUCCGCACACGCAUCCCCCACACCCGCACCAGCACCAGCAUCAGCAUCAGAAUCCCUAUGAACGUAUGAAUUUAUUAGAUCAAUAAGCGCGGCGCAGAAAUAUAUGCUACAGAAAAAUCAGUGGAGAGGAGAGGACACAACGAGAAGGAUUGGGCACCUACACACACACACACACACACAGGCACACACACACACACGCACACACACCCAGCCACCACGCAAAAAGAGAUGAAAGAUGAGCAGAGGAAAGAAGAACCGACCGACCGACACGAAGAACUAGAAGGAGCAGAGCAUUACAAAAUGAUAACCACCUUCUCCAGGAUCAUUCAUUGAUGAUGAUGAUGCAGCAGCACAAGCGAGAAUUUUGUAGAACUACUACUACUAACACUACCACGUACAUAUGUAUUUCGGAUCUCACAUAGCGGAAAAUUCAAAGACUUUUUCGGCAAGAACAAAAAUACGAAAACAAAGAACAAAGAACAAGAAACGAGAGCGAUAGCUAUAGCGAGAGCGUGUAACGAGAGGAGAGAACAAAAACAAAAAGAAACAGAGAACGAGAACGAGAGAAAAACGAAAGGAAACAAAAACAAAAACAUUUUUAGGCAAAUGGAAAAACUGUGAUUAUUUACGACUUGAUUAUAAAGCAAGCAAAAACAAAAGUCUUUUAUGAUAUAUAUACGCUAUAUACAAUACAUACGAUACAUCUAAAAGAAAGGAAAAAAAGGAAGAACGACGACACGGAGGAGGAACAAGCAUAUACAAAGAGUAGGAAUCGCGCUGGAAUCCUGGGGCAGGAUAAAAACGUAUAGAUACAUAUACAAUAUAAGCAUUUUUUUUUGUGUCGCAUAUCCCAAAUUGGGAUGCGAAUAGAGAGGUUUGGAUGGUCGUUAGAACUAGGCUAGGAGAAAGCAUAAAGGAGAAAGGAGCAAACAAGGAUACCUUUGGAGCACACACGGAUUGAAGACUGUUAACCCACAUCCACACACACACACACACACACAAACAAGCACACACACACACACACAUGCACGCAUUCAUAUUGAAGCACACGCAAACCCCCUGAGUAUUACCCAACGAGGAUCGUCAGACCGUCAUCAUCCUUCCACUCAUUAUCCAGAGAUCCUGAGAUCCAGAGUUACAGAUGCGGAUGCCACCCAAGGAUCAUCCAAUCCCCAUCCACCCAUCAAUGUGCAAUGCGCCAAACAUUCGAUCCUUGACCACCCUCUACCAGCCCCGUAACCCCAAACAAAAACAAAAGAAACUUCUUCUCCGUACAACCAUUCUUCUCAGUAGAUCCACACACAAAAAGAAAAAGAAAACCACUAAAAACAAACUUUUUUUUUUGUUUUUUGUUAUUUUUGUAUGUAUUAUAGUAAGAUAUCAGAGAUCUAUAUGUAAUACAAGCAGCAAACAUACAUGCAUAAAUACAUAUGUGUAAAUGUAGCAGCCACUAAAAAUAUUCAUCAAAUGAGUAGAAAAAAGGUCACUGAACCAGAAACAAUAUGAACUCUAGAUCAUAAGUAAAACUAUAUAUGUACUAUAUAUACAAUAUGUGUGUGUCAUACGGUUUUUUUUUUGUAUAUGUCUACGAAUACAUUACCAAUAGGUACGAUAUGAUGUGUCUGCAUAUAGCUAUAACUAUACAUAUAUAAAUACGCAUAUGAAUACGAUAUAUGGAUAUGGAUAUGAAUAUGCAUAUUAUAUACCUACUAAGACUAUGGACUCAGCAGCAUAACGCAUACCACAAGCAUAAGGGGAAAACAUUAAUUUCAUGAGGGAACAUUUCCAGUGAGGAGAGGUGCAGUAACAGGAGCAGUAGUAGGACCAGGACCAGGACCAGGACCCGGACCAGGGUUAGGAUGUAGGACAAGCAAACCGCUAAAGUUUAUUUAGAGAUCGAAUCGGGGAGGGGGGCACUGUAUAUUUUUUGUCGUAUGCUUUUAAUCAUUGGAGGAGGACUGACUAGGUUUUAGGCUGCCUUUAGCCCGAUAAACAAUAUUCGGAUAUUGAUAAAUGCUUUACUUGAUUAACGAUUGGGCGACCACUGAAGCUGCACAUCGAUUUGGGGGCACUGUAUAUUUUGUUGUCGUAGGGUUUUGUUCAUUGGAGCUGUUAUCUCAUGAGGACUGACUAGGUUUUAGACACCGUUGAGCCCGAUUAAACAAAAACUAAACUAAACGAUGAACGACUCUCAUCGACUAUCGAUAAAUGAUUCGAUUUACUUGAUCAACUGAUUACUUGAACAAUACAAUUGUUUUUGGGCCCUCAGUUAAUCGAUUUUUUUUUUAUAAAUAUAAAUAUUAAAUAUAUAUUUUCCAAUUGGCAGAAUAAUCAAAAUUUAGCCCCUUUACUUUUGUCGCAUUUUUGCAUCCUUUUUACAUUGAUUUAAAUGAGACUGAUGAUCCUUUGAAGUAGAACUUUAGAGAAAGGGCAAAACUAAGAACUACGGACUACACACAAACCGAGUGAUCGAAUAAUCGGAUAUCUGAUCGGAUGGAAGGAGACCGAAUCGGAUCGCAAGGCGGGAAAGGCCUUAUUAUUUAAGAGCGUGCAAUUUUCAUACCGUGGUCAAUAGCGUUAGGGAAAGGAUAUGGGGAGAUGUGGGGGGGACUUUAGGUAAUAGAGGAAGGAGCUGUAGCUGUAGCCUUUUAGUUAAAAGUAAAAGCCACAGGCCGAACGAAGUUGAUGUAUCUUUACAUACAGAGAGGAGGAUCAAGGAUCGAGUAACGUGGAACGUGGAACGUGGAACGACGUUGUGUGCGAGUAUAGUCGAAUUUUAUUUUUUAUAUAAACUUAUUUUUGAUUACCACCUAGUGUACGUACCCCCACACCCCUCCUAGCAACCCCACAGCUCUGUUCGCAGGGGGGAUGUGUGGCGGCAAAGCAAAUAUAUAUUUAUGUAUAUUUCCAAUAAUUUUUAUAUUUUUGGCAAGCGAAAAAGAAAAAGUCUGAAAAACGUUUACUCAGUUACGUGUUUUGAUACCAAAUUGAUUGAUUUAUUAAGCUUAUGCAAAUACGAGUAUACUUAAUGUACUACUACCACAUAUACACAACAAACAACUAUAUCUAUAUCUGUAUCUAAUUUUAAGACAACCCGAAACCCAACACCCAACACCCUUGAUUUGUUAUGCCCCCAGCCCACCCCUCCCAUACACGGAGAGUACCCGAGGAGGAUCUCCAUAUGCAAUGCCAUAUCUACCAAUAUAUUUGUUAUUUACACGAGUAAACAGCUUCCUUGUACUACAACUACAACUACAACUACUACUACUACUACUAAACGGGGAGUCUGGCCUUAGCCGGCUCAUCCUCGGACCUCUGCAAUGUCACAUCGUUUUUUUUAUUACGUUCAAUAAAUGGAAAUGUAAAUGUAAAUUGUAAAA